GAUGGCGUUCUCCAUCAUUGCAAGAGGCUCGUUAGUUCUUGCUCGUUGUGGUAAAUUUUCAGUGGGUCACGGUAACAAUAUUCAGCUUUCUCUCUUACAAACAGUAAGAACAGUCAAUGCAGGAUGUCAGAAAUCAUUUAUAUCUACAGAUAGUGAGGGAGAUGGCCCAAUACUUUCAGAAAGGGACAGAGAUGUUUCGGGACUACCACCCUACUUGAGACAACGAAUGAAGCAUGCAUAUUCACCUGCAUGUGUAAAUUUGACUGAUCCCGAGUCAAAGACGCGUAAACAGCUCAGGAAGUUAUAUGGAAAGCAUGGUCAUAAUUCUGGAAUAGAUCCAGGUAUCAUGUGGCCAACUAAGGAAGAAAUCCAGGUUUGGAAAGAAGAUGAAAAGAGAUAUGAGCAAACUCUUUACCAAAUGUGGGAUGCUCUAGCAAUGAAAAAGAAGAAAGAGGAAGACAAGAUGAAGCAGAGGAUUGAAGAAGUAGAUGCCGCUAUGAAAGUGAUGGAAAUAAGGCUUAAAGAACUUAGAGCUAAAAGAAAGAAGUGGAAAAGGUCAAAGGAAAAUUGGAAAGCCAAAUUUGCUGCCAAAGGAGGAAUAAAAAUGAGCAAGAAAUUGCAUAAAGCACAGAAAUAUUUUGGUUUUCCAAUUAAGAAAACUGAUGCAAAGUACCGCCGUUAUCUGUUGCUUAAAAGCAAGGGCUCUGCUAAACCUGUUGUCAAGUCAGUGAGAGCAGAAAAAGAAAAAGAAGCAGUGCAGUUGUACGCAGAAAGGAUGAAAAAAGACCUUUUGGCAGAAACAAACAAACAGCAACAAGAGAACAUAUGAGUUUAUUUUUUGAUGAAUAAAGACUUUGACAUGGUUGAUUGUGUUAUAGCAUAAAAACAACAUAGUUAAAGUAUAUCUAUUCUUAAAAUUACUAGUAGCAUAGCUUUGUGAAAUAGCUUAUUUGAGCUCCCCUGAUAAGAACAAAAAGGGCAUAGUCAUAUCAUCAUGUAUGUUUUAAAAAUUUAAAUUUAAUUUUUUUUUUUUUUUGUACCCAGUGUAUUUUUUUCCAUUUGAAAAUGACAGUAAUAAUAAUAAUAAUAGGUACGGUGGUCCUCGUUAACCCACUUGUCAAUAUAAACACUGAACACUAACUUUCCAGAAUUAUUUAACUAUUUUUUUUUUCAAAAAUCUGUUACAUUUGAGGCAUACUGAUCAUUGUUUAUCAAAAAUAUUUACUAUUACUUGUGUAGAUAUACCUUAAAUGAUAAAUUUUGUACUGUUCAAAUUGGAAAAUGUGUUUACUCUAUACACUUGUGUUUACUCUGUUUUUCAUUUUUCAAUUGUCUACUUCCAAUGUCAGUAUUGCUUUUUUUCAAAAUAAUAAUAAUAA